UUAGAAGAAGAGAAUCAACUAUUUUGCCCAAGCAUUUUGUUCGAUUUGGAAGAGAUGGUACUGUGAAAAGAAUGGGGACUGUGGAGUUAGACGUGGAGUCAGUCCAGUCUUUCAGAGUGCUUGUGGUUUCACGUAUUUUUGCUGAACUUGUAGAAGAGACACGUGGAUGGUGGAUUAACAAGAACACUGACAUUCUGUGAAAAGUUUCAAAUUGGAGAAUAUUGAAUUUUCACCCUAGUCCAGCAGCUCUGCUGCUCACUUAAAUACAGAUGAAUGAAGACCCCAUUCGGGAAGACACCUGGCCAGCGGUCCAGAGCUGAUGCAGGCCAUGCUGGAGUAUCUGCAAACAUGAUGAAGAAGAGGACAUCUCACAAAAAACAUCGAAGCAGUGUGGGGCCCAACAAACCUGUUUCCCAGCCCCGGCGGAACAUCGUAGGCUGCAGGAUUCAGCAUGGGUGGAAAGAGGGGAAUGGCCCUGUUACCCAGUGGAAAGGAACCGUUCUGGACCAGGUGCCUGUAAAUCCUUCUUUGUAUCUUAUAAAAUACGACGGAUUUGACUGUGUUUAUGGACUAGAACUUAACAAAGAUGAAAGAGUUUCUGCACUUGAAGUCCUCCCUGAUAGAGUUGCAACAUCUCGAAUCAGUGAUGCACACUUAGCAGACACAAUGAUUGGCAAAGCGGUGGAGCAUAUGUUUGAGACAGAGGAUGGUUCUAAAGAUGAGUGGAGGGGAAUGGUCUUAGCACGCGCACCUGUCAUGAACACGUGGUUUUACAUUACCUAUGAGAAAGACCCUGUCUUGUACAUGUACCAGCUCUUAGAUGAUUACAAAGAAGGCGAUCUUCGCAUUAUGCCUGAUUCCAAUGAUUCACCUCCAGCAGAAAGGGAACCAGGAGAAGUUGUGGACAGCCUGGUAGGCAAACAAGUGGAAUAUGCCAAAGAAGAUGGCUCAAAAAGGACUGGCAUGGUCAUUCAUCAAGUAGAAGCCAAACCGUCUGUGUAUUUCAUCAAGUUUGAUGAUGAUUUCCAUAUUUAUGUCUACGAUUUGGUGAAAACAUCCUAGAUGUCAUCAUGAACUUUGCCAAAUUUGUGGAACUAUUAAAUGUAUAAUUUGUAGACAUAAAGACUUGAUUGCUUUCCAGUUUAAUGAAAGCUUAAAUGUCCCUGCGAACCCACAAUCUCUGCCAGCAGAACUGGUUUUGUUUUGAAUAGUACAGAUUGAUGUGAACACAAAGCAUUUUGUGUGAGGAGGACUGCUUCUUAAGAAGCCUGUCUGUCUGGAGGGGAGUUACAGGCAAGUUUGGUAAAAGUAAAGCUAGUGUCAUAGUCAUUUAAAACUGUAAUAGAUCCUAGCCAUUUCCACUUCACUCUAACACUCUCAUUCUGCUGCCACAAUGCAAGCAUAGUUUGGUAUUUUUGUUAUUGCCUUUUUUGAGAUAUAUGUAUCUAUAUCUACCUACCUAUCUAUAUCUAUAUCUAUAUCUGUGUGCAUACGUAUAUAAUAUAUAUACACACACAGAUACAUGUGUACACACACACACCAUUGGCAGUCCUUUCUUUGUGGAUUGGGAUGGGGGUGAUAUAAUUUUCUCCAGUUUAAUAGGAGUGCUUGACCCAAGUCAAUCAUAUUUAUGAUAUUACUACUCUUUAUUUAAAAUUAAAUUUGGGCACAGGAAGCACAUAGGGAAGUUCAGCUUGUUUAGAAAUAAGAAGUUCAGAGUACCUUUUCAAUAUGGAGGCUUUAAACCAUAAGUCCAAAUAUGAAUUACUGGUUAAUGACCCACAUUAGAAUUUUA